GGGAAAGCGAGGAGGAUGGCAUGUGCAUGAGUGAGGGAUGAGUGGGGAGGGAGGAAGAGAGAGAAGGGGUAGAUAUCAGCACAUACCGCGUCACAGCAGCAGACUGCAGGCAGAACGUCAGAGCAGAGAGGAUAUAGCCGCAUAGAACCAAAGCCAACACUAUCAUUAGACACUGAAUCAGGAAUAUAGCAUCGGAUACUGUUCUACCUAAAGCUGGAGACAUACACUGUGUGUGGAAGAGAGGCUGUGCAUGUGAACUGAGAGAACAGCACAGCGUGAUACAGCCCUGGAGAAGUGUGCCGUUAAUGAGAAGAGUUGGGGAGAAUGAGUCUUGACCCUGUUCAGGUCAUGAAGGGGCAAGACGCCAUGCCCAACACCUGCCCUUCAGCCUCAAACGGUGAUAGCCAAGCAUCCUGGGACGACAGCAAGGAUAUCCAUGAAAAUGUAGGUUCUACAAAGAAGCCCAAAUCAGGACCUGUCAGACGGGCCAGGAAGGUGGAGGGAGGCAUAUUCUUUCCCAAACCAGAGAAUGCGGUCACCAUUGCUGUGUCAUCGCGGGUUCUGUUCCGCACAGAGAAAGAGCAGAAGGUGUUCGAGCAGAAAGGAAUAGAGGAGUACCUCAGGUAUCAGGUGGAGCACGAAAAUGAGCCCUUUGCUCCAGGCCCAGCAUUCCCAUUUGUUAAGGCACUGGAGACAGUAAAUAACCGGUUGCGGGAGCUCUAUCCAGACAGCGAGGAGCUUUUUGAUAUUGUGCUGGUAACCUACAACCAUGCUCAUGUAGGCAUCAGACUCAUCAACACCAUCAACUACCACAAUCUAUUCAUUGAGCGGUUCUGUAUGACAGGAGGUAGCAGCCCCAUUGGGUACCUGAAAGCAUGGCAUACAAACUUGUAUUUGUCUGCUGAUGCUGAAAAGGUUCAGGAAGCCCUCGCUGAAGGGAUUGCAGCAGCCACCAUGUUUAUGCCAGAAAAACAAAUCGAGGUGUCUGAGACCCAGCUGAGAGUGGCAUUUGAUGGCGACGCUGUUCUUUUCUCUGAUGAGUCUGAGCGUAUUUUUAAAGCCCAUGGCCUGGACAAGUUCUUCGAGCAUGAGAGGGAAAAUGAAAACAGAUUGUUAGAUCAUGGGCCACUGAAGGGUUUCCUGGAAGUGCUCGGGAAGCUUCAGAAGAGAUUCUACGCUAAAGGCCACCGUAUGGACUGUCCCAUCCGCACCUACCUCGUGACGGCCCGCAGCGCAGCCAGCUCAGGCAUCCGUGCCUUAAAGACUCUCCGUGCCUGGGGACUGGAUAUGGACGAGGCUCUUUUCCUGGCCGGGGCACCAAAAGGCCCCAUGCUGGAGAAAAUCCGGCCCCACAUCUACUUUGAUGACCAGAUGUUUCACGUGGAGGGUGCUGUAGAGAUGGGUGCCAUUGCCGCCCAUGUGCCCUAUGGGAUUGCACAGAAAUACCUUCAUAAAAAAAGCACCAAUGCAGGAAAAUAACAAAGACGAAUGGGGAAAAUAUAAAGAGGACCUUUAUGUUCUUAUUUUGGAAGCGACGUUCAAGUUGCAGAUAUCUUUAUUUUGUAAACUCGGUUGUGCACUCAUUGGAUCAGGACCUCAGCAUUCUCGUGGCCUUUUUCUGUGACCUAUGCAAGGACACACACAAUAUUUAACCAGCUAAAGAUUCAACCCAGUAUUGUUCUUCUGCACUGCCUCAACGUCAGUAAUUCUGUACAUGACUUUUGAAAAAUUAAUUAUGAAUGAAAGCACUGCAAUGAAUGGUCAUUUUCAUCUAAGCAUACGUUUCUCAGCGAUGGUUUGUCGAAAUAUACAUGACAUCAACCUACUGUUAAAAUGGAAUGUGCGCUGCUAUUCAUAUAUGUAAAGUGAAUAUGUAAAGUGACAAAGGAGAAGGAGUGAUACUGAAAUGGUGUUUACACAGUGUGUGUUUUGAACCGCACUGUAUAAUUCAGCAAUGGACUUUGAAGGGUAUUCUUGUUUAUUGCUGUAGAUGGUGUUGUGUUAGCAAAACUACAGUAUUCUUUUAUGUAAUCUAACGUAUAUGGUCGUCUAUAAUGGAAGGAGUGUUAGUCUGUAAUGUAAUGUUCGAUAUUGAUAAGAAGCCAUAAUAUUUUACAUGAGAAGAUGAAACACUCAGAAUCUAUAGAAAGCCACGAGUAGGGAAUGAUAUAUUUCAUCUUUACACUGUACUUUUUUGUUUUUCUCAUCUG